CCCACCCGUGUAGAGGAGUACACGUGGAGGACGGGGUGGGCGAAGACCAAGAUUUGCGGCCGUGGUCAACAGAUCCGACGGCUGUGUUCGUCCCCGACACGAUCGGACGGCCAGAGGUCGACCCCUUCACGGCGUGGAAUAAAGUAACGAGCGACGAGGGAAAGUGGGGGAGCGAAAUGUCGGCGUUCAUAAGGAGACUUGGCGGGCUUUCCUUUUCCCGAGAGAGUAUAAGUCAACUGGCGAUGGCAUGCUCCAAUCCAUGUGUCGCAGGGCAGUGUCUUUCAUGGAUUUACACUCCUGCCGCACAAUCUAUCGCAACCUUGGCAAGUGCGAGCCGUAACGCAGGUGAUGAAGCGAGGCUAGGGGAACAAAUCACCAACGGCGGAGUGGUAGGGAGCCCGACCGACCCAUUGACAAAAAGAAAGGUCAGGAAGAAACCCAGUCAAACCCUCGCCAAACACGCUCUCCCAUUUUAUAUUCACCGGUUGGUUCUGUCUAUAUAAUCUGAGACACUGCCCUUCGUGCCUGUUUGCACCGCCCUCAUGGCUUCCUCCACCGUCUCCAUGCCCAAGCAGCAUCUGGCCGUGCGGAACCCCCGGCCAUGCCGGCCUCGCCCCGGGAUGUCUGUCGCCGCGCCCCGGCGGACGCCGUCGGCCGCCCCGGUGCUCCGGUCUCGGCCGGACAGGGCACGGGAGGCGACGAGCCGCCUGGCUAGCGUGUGGAGGAAGAUCCAGGGCGCCGACGACUGGAACGACCUCGUCCAGCCGCUGAGCCCGUUGCUGCGCGAGGAGAUCGUCCGGUACGGGGAGUUCGUCAUGGCGUGCUACAAGGCGUUCGACCUCGACCCGGCGUCGCAGCGCUACCUGAGUUGCAAGUACGGGAAGCGCCGCAUGCUGGAGGAGGUGGGGUUGGAGUCGUCCGGAUACGAGAUCACCAAGUACAUCUACGCGACGCCGGACAUCAGCAUCCCCAUGCAGCACGGCACCUGCUGUGGCCGGUGGAUCGGGUACGUUGCGGUGUCGUCGGACGAGGAGGUGAGGCGGCUGGGGCGGCGGGACGUGCUGGUGACCUUCCGGGGGACCGUCACCAGCACCGAGUGGAUCGCCAACUUCAUGAGCUCGCUGAGGCCGGCGAACCUGGACCCGCACGACCCCCGGAUCGACGUGAAGGUCGAGUCGGGGUUCCUCAGCCUGUACACCUCCGACGACAGCACCUGUAGGUUCGGCCAAGGGAGCUGCCGGGAGCAGUUGCUCGGGGAAGUGUCCCGGCUCAUCAACAAGUACCAGGACGAGGAGAUGAGCAUCACAUUGGCCGGACACAGCAUGGGGAGCGCCCUCGCACUCCUCUCCGGGUACGACCUCGCCGAGCUUGGCCUCAACCGGUUCCAGCAGCAGCGGGAGAUACCGAUCACGGUGUACUCGUUCGGAGGGCCGAGGGUCGGCAACACCGGCUUCAAGGAGAGGUGCGAAGAGCUCGGAGUGAAGGUCUUGAGGGUGGUGAACGUCCAUGAUCCGGUCACCAAGCUGCCCGGCCUGUUCAUGAACGAGCACUUCCGUGCUCUCGGCGAGACCUAUCAGCUCCCAUGGAGCUGCUCCUGCUACGCUCACGUUGGAGUCGAGCUCGCCCUCGACUUCUUCAAGAUGCAAAACCCUGCGUGUGUUCAUGACCUGGGGACAUACAUAGGGCUACUCAAGUGCCCCAAGAUGGUGCAAGUCCACAAGGAGGGCAUGGUGGAUCUGCUGGCAAAGGCAAAGAUGACGCUCAGGAAGCACAAGUUACAGGGAUGGCCAUGGCAAGAUGCAGCAAUGCAAGUGGGGAAUCUGGUGCAAUCUCUGGGACUAAUUUGAGGCCCAAUUCUGUGUUGUGGAUGGGGGGAGUAGAUGACCCAUUAAUCCCUCAUAAUUUUUGUUCCCAGGGGUUAGGGGUUAUCUUCAGAGAUCUUUGCAGACAAUUCUUUGCAAUUUAUGUUUGUUAACACACUGUAAACAAGUUGUCAUACAUUCAUAUACACACA